AUGGAUCAAAGAGUUGAGCCAAUGGAAGUAGAGGAGGUUCUAACGGAUGCUUAUAAUUUUGACGAAAUAAUAGACUCCGAAUUAAAACACAAUGAUUCCAAAAGGCUUAAUCCCAGGGAAGUGCUAACUGUAAGUGGUGCGCGAGAAAUCCUUACAGAAUCUCGGAAAAGAACGCACCGACAAACAACACUAACUAGGAGAAGAUCGAAAGGAAACUUAUCAGAUGAAGACGAAAAAGGCAAAUCAAAAAAUCCCUGGGGUGACUUGUCACAAACUUGGGGAGUCAACGAUACGCUGGAAGAAGACUUUAUACAAAAAUUUCACGUAACAGAUCAGGCAAACAAUGUGAAAGAGAGAUUAGGCUCAAAAAAUCGUCCCAAAGAUACACUGUCUGUAUCAGAGGAAUGUGAUACUGAAUCCGAAAGCGACAGCGAAGAAGAAUGGUGCAGAAAAAGUAAAGUACUUCGAAUGCGCAUGCACGCAGACGACGAGGAAAAAAAAAUGCAAAAACGUCGUAGCAAAUCAUGUACUCAGCUUACCAUCAGCACAACAAACGACUUGAGAAUGAGACUUGGCAGGCUGAGGAAAAAGCCUGUUCGAGCUGCGAUUCAGAUUGUAGUAACAAAUCCAGCAAUAACACAUGAAUCUUCGAAAGCAGAUGCAUCAGAGGAAGAAGAAGGAGAGAUAUUAGAUUCUGAAAACGAGGACCAACAAAUGGUUGAAAAUAACGAAGAAUCAGAAGAGGAGGAGGAUGAGGAGGAGAAUGAAGAUGAGGGCGUAGAGGAGGAAGAUGUGGAAGAAGAGGGCGAAGUCGAUAGUGAUCAUGAUAGUGAAGUAUCUAAAAAAGAAGUUCGAGGACCAAAAGGAAGCGUGAUAAAAGUAGUAACACCCAAGCCACGCAUUGCGUCUACUGUUUGGGCCAGAUUAAAUCAUAAAUCAGUCAAAAGUGAAGUGAAGGCUGUGAACAAUAGUGAACCACCAAGACGAGAUUUGAGAGAAACCUUGAGAGAAGAUUUGCGGUCUCGCUUAGGAAAAUACACAAGAGGCCGUUCACCCCUGAGGAUAGAAGUGAAAAACGAUAAGUGUGCUGAUGAACAAACUGAUUCGGAAUGACCAAGAGUGAUUUAAAAUUGAUAUGGAAUUAAGAUGAUAACAAUCUCUAUUUUCUCAUUUCAAUUAAUUGCGAUAAAUACAUUUUAUUUUCAAUCUGUUAGUGCAUAUUAACAGAUCAUCAUAAACUAUUAAUUACUAUUACUAAUAUCGAUACUAAACUAAAGGGAUACUGGUGACUGUUUUUUCACGAUAUUUUUAUCGGACUUUUAUAAAAAUAUUGUAAGAUAUUUUUAAAUGGGAUGAAUAAAAUUGCGUAUGCUUAAAGAAACUAUGAAUAGAAAAAACAGAAUAAAGUAAGUGUUCAACGAUUAAAUGUUUCUACUGCUGAAGUGCGUUUUAAAAUCUUUCUAAGUACGCUUAAACACGAAAAAUGUAUGUAACUUUGCCCCUGAUAGCAAUAUUGAAAUCCAUUGUGCGUCAUCAAUUUCACAACAAAACAAAGAAUGAACGAAGCCCUAUUUGAAAAGAAAAUUCAUUCUGACAGUUGCAAAUUUUAAUAAUAAUAAUGUUAAAAAAUAAAUUUCUAAACCAAUGAAGACGCUAAAUAUGUAUAAAACUCCUGAAAUGGUUUUACUGAAUGAAUUUUUAUAAAUGAUGUAUACGGUGGGUUUAAAAAAAUUUAAAUCCAACUGACGACCACCCGCAAUUUAGCAAUAAUAUGUUACACAUUUUUAUUUUAUUGUUUGAUUUCUUAUUGGCUAUUAUGAAAAUAUAGUAAUAUAUUUU